CCAAAGUCUAGGGGCAGGAAAACCCCAAAUGUGACACAUUGCUCUCAGAUGUAAUCAAUGAGCCGCAUCUGAAAGCAUCCACGCUCUUAAGCGCCACGAUGUUACAUAAAUUAUUGUUACUUCUCGUUCUGGUAGGUCCCGGCUUUGCCGAAGAACCCCCAGAUGUCGACUGUGUUGUUUUGCAUUUGGAGUCUGUGAAAUGUACCUGGAACAAACAUGGCAACCCUAAAGUCAAUUACACCUUCCGCAGCUGGUUUCAUGAUGAAGCAGUCAGAGAAUGUGAGAAGUACAUAACAAACAACAGUCUAAAAAUUGGCUGCAUUCAGCCGUAUGGUUACAUAGCCAACAGGUUUUUCACUUUCUACAUGCAACUGGUGCAUGGCAACGACACUUAUCCGAAGAGCGAUUAUCUUAAAAGCAAAGUGAAGUUAAAUCCGCCAACCAACCUGACUGUUCAGAAUGGAUCCGACUGGAAUCUGUGGUUCUAUUGGAAUCAGACGUUUCCAUCAUGUGUGGAAAAUGAGGUUCGCUAUAGGAUCAAUUACGAGGAGUGGGUUCCAGAUAGAGUCAAUCUAGGGAAGCAAAAUUAUUGCAUCAACUUGCCCUCCAGUCGAUCCCAGUAUGAGCUUCAGGUGAGAAGCAAAUUGCAUGAAGGAUGCGGAGCUUCUGGCUGGAGCGACUGGAGUGAUUCUGUGAUGUGGGGAUCAAACAAUGGCACAGAAAGUGACCAAGGUGACGGUUCCAUGUUUGUCUGGAUAAUUGUGUACAUUCUGGCUCCCGUUAUUCUCAUCCUGAUGGCCGUCCUGUUACUGCGUCAUGAGAGGUUCAGAAUCAUCUUCAUUCAUGUAGUACCCAAGCCAUCCCUGAUUCCUCAAGACAUUGAGCCUUGGCCUCAAAUCUCCAAAGGCCUUAAAGAAGGCUUCAAGGCAAACUACCACGAGCAACCCUGUCCAGUUCGAGAGUACCAUCAGGUCCCCCAGUGACCGGUCUGACAGCCCGAGAUCCAACAGGUCCACCUCUAGUCCCUCUUUGACACAAUCCAAACGGGCAAACGGGAAACUUCCGGUUGCUCGUCCACAUCCACUUUCUCCACCUUGUCUUGUUAUUCUGGAGUUAAGUUUCUUUUACCACCUUAUUGGUUUAGGGUUUCACCACGACCUUUUGGUCAAAACAAUUCAACAAAUUAUUAAAUUCAGAUUAGGAGAAAACUAAAGUGAAAUAGCGCUUGCUAAAUCGGUCACUAAAUGUUCUUAUCUGCUGUUAUUUUGCUUAGUAACUUGAUUGCAAAUGGAUAACCUCACCUUGGAGUUGACUUCCCCUUUAAUGUACAUUUAUCUGGAAUAAAAACAAGUUUUUCUGAAA